AAAACAUUAUAGGAUUGUAUAUAUGCAAUGUACCGUAAUCCGUCUUAGUAUUAUUAUUAUUAUUCAUAAAUGAUUGGUUCAUAACUGGUUAAUUAUUAAUUAACUUUUCAUCACUAUUAAAAUUUCAUUUUAGAUUUAAUAACACUGAAUAUACGAGUAGUAUAGUACAAUUGAAAUUCAAUUAACUGACAUAAGUGUUAACUUUAUCAUAUAAAUAAAUAUACACAUACAUACAUAUAUAUGUUUUGUUUUAAACAAAAUGAAGUCAGUUUAUACUGUAGAUAUAAUGAAUUUUACAUUAUUUUUUCGUAUAGUGAUUAUCAAGUAAUAUAGUCAAUAUAAAACUUGACAUAGUUUCAGUUUUCAAAGAAAGAAAAAAGAAAAAAGAAAAACAAGAAAAAACGAACAAAUAAAAAGUUAAUCCUACUAUCAUUCUAACUAUUAUUAUUUAUCAUAAUUAAUAAUAAAAUGUAUUUAGAUAUUUUCAUGUAGCAAACAAAAAAAAACAAACAAUAGUUAUCAAUAAUUCAGUUUCAUGCAAUUCAUUGAAUUAUUUAAUUCAUUUUGGAGUUUAUUUAAAUUGAGAAAAAUUAUUUUUCUAAUAAUCAAUUUAAUUUUAUUUAAUCAUGAAGAGAUUUUAGGAUCAGGAUAUAAUAUAUCAUUGAAAUAUUAUCAUCCAUAUUCUAGAUGGCAGAGACGAUCAUUAACUCCUUGUGCAUGGCUUGAACGUGGUGGCUUUUUUAAUAUGCCUAAAUAUUAUAAUUCAUUAUCUCCAUUUGCACAACGUCGUCAUAUUUGUUCAAGUUAUUCAAGUUGUCCACUUACAUGGCUUCCAACAAAUGAUGUUAAAUCAUUAACAUUUAAACUUAUAGGUACUGAUGACAUGCGUGAUUACGAAUUUCAAGCUCAUUUUUGUAACAGAAUCUAUGAAGCACGGCAUCGUUAUUGUACUAUGGAAGAGGGAGAAAUCGCAUUUGAGUUGAGACAGAUAGGGACAUGGUUAAUGGUAGACCGCAUUAAUUGUCGAUGUUUAGGUAUUGCUGAUGUUGAACGUUAUGGAUACAGUAAAGGUGUUCAAUUUGGAGAUCGCGUUUUUCGCGGUAAUUACAUACAUAUGACAUGUGCAAUAAAGCCUCAAUGUAAAGUGGAUGAUUUUUGUUAUAUUGAAACACCAAGUACAGAUGGUUAUAUUUAUGGUGGUCGAGUACCAUGCAUUUGUCCAAAACAAUAUCAUUGUCCAAUUUAUUUUAUACGAGAUAAACGUAUUCCACAAAUCAAUGAUGAUGGACGUGUCAUCAGUUAUGGAAUUAAAUGUAAACGAAGGAACUAUUAAUUAAUUACAUUUUACCUCAUUUCGAAUAUAUAUAUAUAUAUAUAUAUAU